UGAUAGAAUUUCAAGUUCCUGUGGUUAUUGACUGUUGAUGUAACAUGGAUGACAAAGACAACAUCUUCUGGAGAAGAUAACGUUAACAACAAAGUGCUUUCUAUUCAAAUACCAAGGUAUAGGAGUUAUUUAGCAGAAUAUACGAUAUAUUACCACGUGAGUAAAGAUUUGCGUUUAAAUAUAGUAAACACAAGUAACAUUCAAGAUGAGGAACGUUAUGUGUUAGAUCAAACAUUAUCAGAAGAACAAUGUGACAUACAAAUCCCAUCACAGAAAUUUGACUGUUAUCCUGAGAAGUCUGUUACUGAAGAGGGAUGUUUAGAUAGGGGAUGUUGCUGGCAAAAAGAUUUAAGCAGACGAUUACCCAUACAGUCAAUGAACGAAAAUGACACACAAUCACCUGUAGACCUUUCAUACUGCUUCUAUCCAAGAAACUUUCCUGGUUAUUCUGUGGAUGAAAGAACAGAUACCCCACCAGGAUUAAGUAUGAAACUUACAGGGAAACCCCCGACCUAUUAUCCUAAAGGUGUUACACAACUGGCUGUAGACGUUAGUUAUGAGAGGGGUCAAAGGUUACAUGUCAAGGUUUAUGAUCCAAAUAACAAACGUUCUGAAGUUCCCAUAAGAGUUCCCCGACCAGACAAAAAAGCAAUUGCUCCCAGCUAUAUAUGUAGUAAAU